AUGCUGUGAGGAGAGAUGACUGUGACGGAAACAGGAGAGAGGUAGUGGAAGAGAGAGAACGAAGACACAAGCCACUGGAGGAGAGGAUAGGAGAGUGUUGGAGGGCAGCAUGCAGUAGUAUCGAGACUACGAAGAGAGGCAUAUGGAGCAAUUCCAACAUAAAGUCAGGGGAGAUUCAAUUUGGGAGAGACUCGGUCCGAUCAGUGUGAGUGUGAGUCAGUCAGAGCUGGAAUGUGUGAAAAGAGGCUUCACGUUGCACAAGUGGACGACUUGUAAACUGGUCUGUGUUUGAAUUGUUUGAAAAGCUCUAAGAUGCUCCGCACCUCGCCGACUCUGGCGGACACCAACGAGAAAAGGUCAACAACUUACUUCUUCAGAUUUGGACGUCACUCAGAUGUAUUAGCCGGUACAAAAAUGAACCUUUGAAUCGUGAAACGUUGCAAGCCAUCAGCCAGAGGAUGGGGAGACGAGCGGCUGACCCGACCACUCCGGUACCGGUUUUGGGCAUCCCGGCCUUGGUUGGCGCGCGCAGUUGGAGGACAACAGGAGGCGACACAACCGCAGGAGCGCAGCUACAGACGUGGGGUCUUCGGAGCAGCAGCGUGGGCGUGCAAACGUCCCCGGGGGUAGCGAGAGCACCUUCCGAGCGGUGCGCACAGCUCAUGUAUAAACUCCACACGCGAUCACUUCACAAUGCCCACGCCACCAACAGCGACGUUACCAAGGAGUACAAAGCGCUACUACUGCUAACAAACAGUGAUAAGGAAAAAGGGGCAAAUAGUGAGGAAUUGAGGAGUAAAAAGGAAGUGACCUUCCAAGAAUUUGUCGGCGAGACUUUAGGGGAUGUUGUGCGCAGUGAGGAUGACAGUGACUGCACUCCGAGAACAAUCGAGGCCAACCCGAAUUCUGCAGGAACUGCAACCGAUGCGGGCCCACGAAUAAAGCCCGCUGUCCGCUACGCCAACGGUAGCGUGGUCGAUUCGGAGGCGAUGGGUGGCAUCAGCGUCGAUAAUGGUGACGUGACCCCAACUCGCGGAGGAUACCAAAAAAGACUGCCAAGGGACAUGUUGCUGUUUUCUGCUCCCGCACGUUUCAGUGCAUCGCAAAAAAUAUGCAACCAGUGUGGAGGCAGACGAGCGGCGGGAGUUGAGAUUUUCGGGAGGAACGUUCUUACUGCUCCUGCUUGCCAAUCAGAGAGCUUAUUUCAUUCAGACCGCGACUUGCUCCACUCCAGCAAACAUCUUCAGCUGCGCCCUAAUGAGACCGAUAUCCGACCGAGCAACCAUCAACUCCUGGAGAAGUGCCCGAGCAGAAAAAAAGAGACAAGCUCACAACAAGGAUCUCCUCUUCAAGACGCACUGAGACAUCAAAAAACACGACGCCCCGCACGUCCACUCCAUUCAAUGAAAGGACCUUUUCUUACGCAUAAACAUGCCGCCACCUUAACCCAACCGCAAACCAUCCACACGAUCACCGACGCCACCAUUGAAACAAAAAAAGAUGAUGGUGUCGACAGCUUAGCAAAUAUGAGCCUUGGCAAUAAAAGCGCCCAAACAGGAAGUCUCCCAUCGACUCCUCUCAUGGCCACAGCUACCGAAUCAAACUGCCCACCGACGCAAACGCAUUCCAAAUGCCAAUAUAACGUCCUGCAAAAGGUGUGUGUAUCUGUGCAUGCUACGCAAGAAAACACUCCAUCUCAUUUGUACACAACGUCCAAUGUAAACUCAUCAGGUAUUAUCCCUAAAACGGUCCCAACUUUCAAUUCUACGCUCAUGUCCGCACAAAGUACGCCUGCUAGCACUGCGUGUCCUCGCCGCGAAAACGCAUCCCAGAAUUCGACACGUGCGGCACAACGAACAAAAACAAAAGGUGACUCAAAAGUAUCACCUAAAUAUCGCAUCAGAUUCUCAGACCGCCUGAAAUCCCAAACACAGCCCACACCCGUAAAUCCGGGACGUACUCCCGUUGAUGUAGCUCCGACGCGGCGAGAAAAAAACAGCUUGUACAGCACUGUGGUCGUAACUGGCCCUGUCAAGCAUAAUGUUCACUUGAAAGCCAACUCCAAUGCAAGUGACAAGCAUAACAAAACACAGCCAGUGACCUCAAAUUCUGAAUUAACACUUUGUGGAAAAACAGCAUCUCGAAACGCAUCUUGCGCAGCCCUUGAUUCUAAAUUGGAGACGUCAGCUCCCAUCUCCACAACUCCUAAUUAUGCUUUGUACAGAAACAGAGCCCUGAGGAGCUAUUCAAAUAUUCACCCUUCAUCGACACUGAAAGAAAACCAGAAGAAUUUCAGUGUGUCGUAUAAUUCCUCACUUAAAACGAGCAAACACAACAAAUCAAUGAAUCGUAAUCCAUUUCCCUGCCGUAACAAGCCUUGCCACACGCAAACAACUGACAUCCCAUCCCAACACACUCAUCAACCUGCGCCCUUUUGUUUUGUUCCAAAUCCGACAGCAACGCUCGGGCUGUCAAAAGUGGCCAAAAAUCCGAGCAAAAGCUGUCAUGCGUCAAAUGUGAUGCGAAGCCAUCCUAACAGAACUGACCAUUCCAACAAACUUAACAGUGAAUUGUAUUCCGAUGAACAACUAUUGACUCGGGAUCUAAUCAAUGACUUAUUAUGGAAUGAGUCCAAAAAACAUCCCGUUCUAUCACAGGACACAACCCCUCAAAAUAGCAUUCGCCCAAUUAAGUCAAAGGACUCUCGUCUGCAGGGCUGCGUGAACGGGCGACAACAAACGGGCGCACAUGAUCAAGGAGGCACAGUAAGAGAACACGAGGGACAGUGUGCCACAUGCCCGGCAGGAGGAACAGCCCGCCGGAUGGAUUCAAAUACGCUAUCAACCGUGCAUGCGAGCAGUAAGACUGAAUCUAAUGCCCAUAAACAGACUCAUCCAAAUGAUCCAACAGCCUCUGUCGCAGCAAAAGGAAAAUGCGAGCCCCUUUUCACCACACUGACAAAAAGAAAUGUCCAUUAUGAGCUCAUGCACAUGCAAAGGCUUGAGUCAAACAAAUCACAGGUUCAACAAUGUCUCAGAGGCUCGAAGUUGUCUUCAAUUGCACCAGAACUCCGCUGCAGCGAGGGAGAACAUGAUACGCGUUGCAAUUCCGCAUCGCCCCGACGCCUCGGGUCCCGCCAGGCCGAGGCCAUCGUCGGCCGGGAUUCAAAAGUCGCCGGCGAGCAGGACACGGCGGAACUCGUCUCGGCCCGUUCCCACCCGACCGGUGCGGUUCUCUUUCUGCCUUCUUCCCCUCGCUGCGGGAAAUCGGCAACCGUACAACAAAGGCUUGCAAGUGUGGAGGCCGCUCUGGCCGCUAACAAGGACAGAAUCAACACUCUGCUGAACAUCAUCCAUGACCUGGAGGCCAGCCACACUCCUGCCACGGGUCGACGAUGCGACAAAACAGGACAGGACCUCAAAAGCUGUUCCACCUGCCAAAAGAAUGCUUGUAUUGUCUACAGCGUGGAGUAUGACUUCCGACAGCAGGAGAGGCGCUUCUCGGAGGUUCUUAAUGUACAUUCAAGCAGAGGAAAACAUGCCGACCGUCUUCCUCAGUCUCGUGCGCCGAACUUCAGUCUGCUCAGAAAGGCCAUGAAGAACGUGACGACGUCAAAGAAGACGAGCAAAAAACUCUGCAAGAUUCUGUUGAAAUGGCUGCCAAGGAAACUGAAGCAGGUUUAGAACUUGAAACCCAAACAAUUUGGUCAAGGACAGAAGACUUGCAGAACUCUCAUAUUAUCCACUAAGUGAAAUAACAUCGCAACCAUCCGUCCUCUGUUAUGCCGAAGAUGGACUUUGUACUCGCUUCUGAUCUUUAUGACUUUCGUUUACACGUGCAGUGUAAGCAUUCUUUAAAUCACAUACCGCAACAAUAGUACUUUCACAACUAUCGUCGAUAUGCCGAAAUGUUUUCUAAAAGUUCAAACGAGGCAAGGUGCAAAGGUGGAAAUAUGGGAGCAAGUUAGUAUAAUAUAUAUACUGGCAACUCAAACAAGCUAUACAUCACUUGUUAAUUCAUUUAACUGGAACAACAAUGACAGUAUUCCAACAAAACAAUUACAGAGUGUCAAUGCUAUUCCAAAACCAUUGCUCUUGCACCGACCGAGUGUAGGAUAAGAUAUUAAUUAAAAGAUCAGCGGAAAUAGAAAGACUAUUUGUCCAAAACCUCCUUAAUUGGAUCAGAAACUACGAUUUAAAAAAUGUCGGAUUUUGUCUAAUUUACAUAUAUAUAUUUUCGGAAUGUAAAAAAGUAUUCACAAUCUGUCACUGUUUGGCUCAUACAUCGACAUGCAUUUGAUUGCAGAGCAGUACAGCUGUCAAAAAAAUGCAAAGAAAACAAUUACAAAGUUUGGUUAAUGUCUGCAUGUGAAGGUUCAGAUGAAGAUAAAGGAAACUUCCAAACACGUCAAAAACAACAAAACAUUUGCGUCAGCCACUGGAAUCUUUUUGUCAUGCUUUUCGUUUGUUGUUUGCUGAGGCUUGUGAGCUUUUUUUUUUUUUUUGCACACCACAAAAAAAAAAACCCUCUUACUCUAUAUUGUGGGAACGCCGCUGCCGGUUUGAGUCGCGGACGCGACUAAUGAGUCCUUUUGACGACGAGACUCACUGGCAGUGUUCCCCGCGGACGAGGAAGGCAAAGAAGGGCAUUUGGGGUUUACUGUCACUCCUCCUCCCGGGGUCAAGUGUCCUCCAGAGGGGCUUCGGAGGAGCACUAAUCCACUGGUGAUGUGAGAGAUCGGCUUCUGCGGGAUGAAAAUGGGAUAUGACAGGCCGCAAUAGAAGAGACACCGUGCUGGAAAAGUGCUUGCCUUGGGCCUUUAUGGGAGACUUCAUUUUCCUUGUAAUGUGUUUUCUUGAAUGACGCAAUCGCAAACAUAUUUAUUCAUUAAUAUUUUGAUGAUUGGAGUUGAGUUUGUGGCGUUGCAUCAUGCAGUUGUUUGUAAUAUUUGCGUUAUAGACUGGUAUUAUAUCCGCACAUAGUCAGCCAUAGACAGGGUGCAACUCAUGGAUAUUCAAUAUAUUAGGUACAAAUACUUAUCCUUGUAAUAACAUAUCUUCAUUAACUUUGGAUUAGAUUGCAUUGACAUUGUUCUAUUUUAUGAAAACAUGUUGGAAAAGGUUCAUUCAUAUCCUUAAAUUCUAUGUGAAAAACAUUUUGAUUCUUUCUUAUGUAAUAUUCUCAUUUAUUGAGAUGCUGAUUUUGAAGUUCUCAUAUUGCUACAAGCUACAAUCAUCCAAAUGAUCUUAACAAAUAAAACUCUUUUCUCUGUGUGUGUAGUGAAUUUCCAUAAUGUGUGUUUCGCUUUUGACAUGAAUUGUUUUCCUCAAUAUUCAAAUGUAUUGAGAUGAACACAGCGGUUCAAGCUUAGUUUUCAAGCAAUUGAACAAGUUUUAGUUGAUUCAUUCACCAUCAAAACAGGAUUUGUGCACUAGCGUAGAGCAUACGUGAACAUGCCUAUUUGGUUUUAGGGAAACUAUGAGCACUUUUCUUUCUUUUGUGCUCUUCCUUUCUAUUUUUUUAAAGACUGCUAAUUCACUAAAAGGGACAAUUGAUGAUAAAAGAGCGCUUUGAUGCCGAAGUGCAGCCAAAACAUCAGGCAAGUCAGGCCAUCAGCGGCCUCCUUGAAAUGCUGAGAAGGAGCUCGCUCGUUAGUCCCAAACAUCACCUCGGGCUCGCUCGCUUCGCUCUCAACGGCGCGUAAGAGCAUGAUUGGCAGUCAACGCAGCUCGGAGGCUCCUUUAAUUACUGUUGUUGGCUUGUAAUCAGUCAUAGUCUGCACCCACAACAACAUUCAUAAUCAUGAUCAGCGACUUUAAUGAAGUGUCAUUAACAGCAUCCCGUAUAAACAACAGAGAUGUCAAAGUUGAUGUUAUAUAAAAUACUUUCAUUUGGACUAAUCCCAAGAUUGGGCCAGCCCACAUUUCCUGUACAUUGGACUGAUGAUUUAUCGCAAGUUUUGCAUAGCUGCAUUGCAUUGUUCGUCGUCCGUCCGUCCGCUCAAUGCACCGCUCGUCCUCAUGAGGCCCGCGAGUGAGAUGGAGCCGACUUGAGCAGCCGAGCGAAGUGCAGCCUGCGACCGCUUGCUCCCAGAAGCGGCACCCACUCAGUACUCGUGUCCGGCAGGUGAAACAACGGAGUCGCUUGAGAAGCGCGCAAUGUCCGACAUUGACGUACAACUUCCAACCUGUCUACUUUACAUAAGGGUGUGAAUAAGCACAAACGUUGAACAUUAAGCAAUCACAUCUUCACGCAACAGACAAAAUUGUGUUGGUUUCCUUUUUUUACUGCAAUAAAUAUGUUAAUUGUAUUACUCGCUGUCAAUGGAUCAACAUCUCCAGUGUUGCCUUUUUGUGUUCUUUUCAAAACACACUCUGAUCAUCCAUCUCGUUUAGUAGACAUAACAUGAAAAGAAUGAGUACAAAGUGCGUGUUGUUAUGCCACAUGCCCAAACUUAGAUUGACAGGAGGACUUCACCCCA